CCACCGACAGUUGAAUUUCGGGGGCAGCGGUGGGUAAAAUGUUACGUUUUUUGCUCCAGAGCCAAGCUAUCGACCAAUCGAACUCAAACCAACAAAACUUUGAACUUUAGUUGAUCAAAUUCAUUCCUCCUCCUCCUCCUCCUCCUCCUCCACCACCAUCCUCCAUCAUUGCCGCACCCUAAUUUUCUUAUCCUCUGCUUUUCUCCCUCUCUGCUGGACAUUCGCAAUCAGGUUAGGGUUUUUUUUUUUCCUGAAUCGAAGGUAUUAUAUAAUCCAAACGUUGCAUCGGUUCUUAAUUCUCUAUAUUAUCAUCUCAAAGGAGUCUUGUGGUUCUUCCCCGCUGAGCCUUUCACGGUAAGACACUUUCACACUGUGAUGUUCUCAGCAUUGGAAGCAAAUGUUUGCUUGAAGUGGAUCCUUUUGCCUCAUUGAUGGGUGCAGGAGAACUUUUGGUCUUUCAAGCAGCAUUUUCUUUAAUCAAUUAUUUUGUGAGAAUCAGUGACUUUGCAAGGACAGCAUCCUCACAUUCUAUCCACACUUAAGGCUACGCAUUUUUGAUCCAUGGGGGAAUGGGUUAUUGGAGCCUUCAUCAACAUUUUUGGCAGUGUUGCCAUCAACUUUGGUACCAACCUUCUUAAAUUGGGUCAUGAUGAGAGAGAAAGAGCUAUGGUCGGCAGUGAUGUGACAAAUGGAAAAAUUGUAAUGAAGCCCAUCAUGUACUUCCAGGCUUGGAGAGUUGGUAUUCUAGUUUUUGCUCUUGGAAAUUGUCUUAAUUUCAUUUCCUUUGGAUAUGCUGCUCAGUCACUUCUUGCAGCCCUCGGAUCUAUACAAUUUGUAUCCAACAUCGCAUUUGCAUACUUUGUUUUAAGCAAAACGGUGACUGUCAGAGUAUUGGUUGCCACAGCCUUUAUUGUUCUUGGAAACAUUUUUCUUGUAGCUUUUGGCAACCACCAGUCACCUGUUUACACACCAGAGCAGUUGGCAGAGAAGUACAGCAACAUUACGUUCCUUCUUUACUGUCUGAUUUUGGUCUUAGUUGUUGCCUUGCAUCACUCCAUAUACAGGAGAGGAGAAUUGCUGCUUGCAGUUCCUGGACAUGACCUCAAGUCUUAUUGGCACAUGCUGCUUCCUUUUUCCUAUGCCAUAGUUUCGGGUGCUGUAGGAUCCUGCUCGGUUUUGUUUGCAAAAUCUCUCUCUAUCCUACUAAGAUUGUCCAUGUCUAACGGUUAUCGGUUGCAUAGCUGGUUCACUUACUCCAUGCUUUUACUGUUUCUUAGUACGGCUGGUUUUUGGAUGGCAAGGUUGAAUGAAGGAUUGUCAUUGUUUGAUGCAAUGCUAAUCGUUCCUAUGCUUCAGAUUGCUUGGACUUUCUUUUCAAUUUGUACAGGAUUUGUGUACUUUCAGGAGUAUCAGGUAUUUGAUACUCUAAGGACUACUAUGUUCAUAUUAGGAAUGAUUUCUGUAUUCAUAGGCAUUUCUUUGCUCGCACCAGAUGAAUCAAAAGGAGGUGAAGUCAAGGAUAGCUCUUUAAUUUCUGUUACAUCUUCAAAUGUCUCAACUGAUGCGGACAGGCUGCUCAUGCCUUCUGAAGAUGCACAAAUUAAAGACAUGAGAUCACUUGGGCGAGCAAUGCUGGUGAAGGCUGCUGAUAUGGUCGUCAAGGCAAAGACUGCUUGUUCACUAUCACUAGGUCUGGGAGAAGAUUCAAUUCAUGCAUCUUCAGUUCUUGUGAUGCCCAUGGUUUCCUCCAAGAUUACAGGUUUUAGAGGAAGUGGGUUUGAUCGGGCGAGGUUCUUCUCCCUGAGAAAUCCCGGUUGGAGUAAAAUCUCGGUGGAGGAUGAUGGUGCCGAAGUGCUGGAGACAACAACAAUGCUUUCCCAGGGCAUCAAGUAGGGCUUGCAAUACGAAUGAAACUGUAAUAUCUGGAUGAGUGUCUUUUUAUCUUCUCUGCUAUCUAGUAACAAAAUUGUUGACCGCACUGCACUUUGUUUUUUCUUCCAUUAUUUAUUAAGCCUUGUGGGUCGGGGUUGGGGUUGUUUGGGGUGGGGGUGGGUAGGUGUUGUACAUCUCGGUCAUACUGAAAAGGAAAAGGCUAUACAUUCAUAUGUUGGUACAGUAGACAUUCAUUAUUGGCUCACUCUUCAUUGAAUCAUAUAGCACUGGACUGCUAUUAACGAUUAUAUGCAAACCCUAGAAUAAUUCAGGAUGGGCAUAAUUAGCAUAAUUCAACUACAUUAAACUACAUGACAAUUAGCAUAAUUCAGGAUGGGCAUGCCUGUGUGAAUGCAUCCAUCAUCCAAGCCUGAAUUCUUGGCAUUAUGUUUGUGUGUCCCCAGAACAGAAAUUAUACUCAACAGACAUCUACGUAGGGUAAAGAUCAUCCAAAUGCGUAUAAUUGUGUGUGGAGUUUUGUUUUUGGGCAAAUGCUUUCACAUAUAAGAAGGAAAAACUCACUUGGUCGGCUAUAGACCUACAAGUGUUUGUGUCAAACUGCUUGCUGUUGUUUUUAAAAAUUCAUUGAUACUGCGCGCCGCCCCACCCCUCCCCAAAAAAAAAAAAAAAAAAAAACAAAAAACAA